GUGGGGAGGGGCUGGCAAGGUGCUGGCUCGAACUGGAAAGGAACCGGUCCCAGCGCAGCCGGGGAGGCUGUAUGAGAGCCGGCAGCGAGCGAGGAGAGUGCAGCGGGACCGGCGCCUGAGCACGGGUGGCUCCGUGGAGACGGGGAAGAUGCCAGAAGGGGAGAAAACGAGGCAAUGGAAGCAAGAAGAGGAGCAGCAGCAGAAAGAAGAGGAGCAAGAGGGUCUCAUCGAGUUCUACGGUUCCUACCAGGAGCUAUUCCAGUUCUUCUGCAGCAACACGACCAUCCAUGGGGCUAUCCGCCUGGUGUGCUCCAAAAAGAAUAAGAUGAAGACGGCCUUCUGGUCCGUUCUCUUCUUUCUCACCUUCGGCUUAAUGUACUGGCAGUUUGGGAUCCUCUACAGGGAGUACUUCAGCUACCCUGUCAACCUGAACCUCAACCUCAGCUCGGACAGGCUGACUUUCCCAGCCGUGACGCUAUGCACCCUCAAUCCAUACAGGUACAGCGCCAUCCGGAAGAAGCUGGAUGAGCUGGACCAAAUCACCCAUCAGACACUGCUAGACCUUUAUGACUACAACAUGUCUCUGGCACGAAGCGACUGGUCCACACAGUCCACGGGAAAGCGUAGCUCAAGGAGCCUGCUCCAUCAAGUUCAGCGCCACCCGUUGCGAAGGCAGAAGCGGGAUAACUUGGUCAACUUGCCAGAGAACAGCCCCUCAGUGGAUAAGAACGACUGGAAAAUUGGCUUUGUUCUGUGCAGUGAAAACAACAAGGAUUGUUUCCAUCAGGCGUACUCCUCAGGGGUGGAUGCCGUGCGGGAAUGGUACAGCUUUCACUAUAUCAAUAUCCUGGCACAGGUGCCUGAUGCAAAAGCCCUGGAUGAGUCUGACUUUGAGAAUUUCAUCUAUGCUUGCCGCUUCAAUGAAGCAACAUGUGACAAGGCGAAUUACACACACUUCCACCAUCCCUUGUAUGGGAACUGCUAUACCUUUAAUGACAACAGCAGCAGCCUGUGGACAUCCUCGCUGCCUGGGAUCAAUAAUGGUCUCUCUCUGGUGGUGCGCACUGAACAGAAUGAUUUCAUUCCUCUGUUGUCCACGGUGACAGGAGCCAGGGUCAUGGUCCAUGAUCAGAAUGAGCCAGCCUUCAUGGAUGAUGGGGGUUUCAAUGUGCGUCCCGGUAUUGAGACCUCCAUCAGCAUGAGAAAGGAGAUGACUGUGCGCCUUGGGGGCAGUUACAGUGAUUGCACAGAGGAUGGCAGUGAUGUGCCAGUGCAAAAUCUGUACUCUUCUCGCUAUACCGAACAGGUCUGCAUUCGCUCCUGCUUUCAGCUCAACAUGGUAGAUCGCUGUGGCUGUGCAUAUUACUUCUAUCCCUUACCUGCUGGAGCAGAGUACUGUGACUACACAAAGCACAUGGCCUGGGGCUACUGCUAUUACAAACUCCUGGCUGAAUUCAAAGCUGACGUGCUGGGCUGUUUCCACAAAUGUCGGAAACCUUGCAAAAUGACAGAAUACCGUCUGUCAGCUGGAUACUCCCACUGGCCUUCUGCUGUCUCAGAGGACUGGGUUUUUUACAUGCUUUCACAACAGAACAAAUACAAUAUCACAUCAAAAAGGAACGGAGUUGCCAAAGUGAAUAUCUUUUUUGAGCAGUGGAACUACAAGACCAAUGGGGAGUCUCCAGCCUUUACGGUAGUGACUCUGCUGUCCCAGCUUGGGAACCAGUGGAGUCUCUGGUUUGGAUCCUCUGUCCUGUCUGUGAUGGAGCUUGCAGAGCUGGUCCUGGAUUUCAUCGCCAUUACCUGUAUCUUGGCCUUACGCUGGUUCCGUUCCCGGAAGCAGCUCUCCACUCCAGGACCCCCUCCAAACAGUCACGAUAACACUGCUUUCCAAGAUGAGGUGCCAGCCCUUGGUGCUCCACACCGCUUCACUGUUGAGGCUGUAGUGACCAUGCUGCCAUCCUACAACAGUCUGGAACCAUGUGGGCCAAGCAAAGAUGGUGAGGUGGGACGUGAGUGAGGCAGUGGCUUACUCCACAGUUUGGAUGGGCAGCAACUGGAGCAGAAACUGCACACUUGGUCCAUGGGACCUGAAUUUCCUUCUUUCUGGGGUGCUCUACCUGGACCAUAGCAGAAGACUGCACUGCUGUUGGCCUGGGUUCAUUGCUUUUACUGCUGUUCAUGAAUUCAUUGUUGUCAACGUACUGCUGCUCUGGGGACUACCAGGGAUGAGAAUUUGUCUUGCACAUGUAUGAGGGAGAUGUCCACUUAGUUUCCUUAUACUCUUUGCAUGUGCUCACCUACACAUGGAUGCAUUCUUUUCUCUGCAACAAAGAUACUGCCGCAGUUCUAGUCUGUCAUUAAUUAAAGAUGUUUGGCAGGGGUGACUGGCCGCCUCUCUGGUAUGACAAGGGGCAGGAAUGGCAUCUCAGCUGGGGUACAAGACCCUAAGAUUUCUUAAGCUUUCCCUAAGGUUGGAAACUUGUUGCUUUUUCCUAGUUUCUAAUGUCCAGCUGUGACUCAAAGACUUAAGCCACCCAUUGUGUCCCCUCCCCCUGGGAGAUAACAGCCACUGCCAUAAUCUCAAUUUAUAUUGUAUACAACAUGCUGGGGAGGUAGCUGACACUGCUGCGCUCAGGUCGGGACAAAACACCCCUGGCAGAAUAAAGUCCCUUUCUAAGCUGCCCACAUGGCAGUAGAUCUUGGCUGUACAGUGGUCUCCAUUGUUGUAUACCAUGCAUGUGUAUGUUCAGCUAUUUGAGCAUUUGCCAGAGCAUUCGGGAUAAACUGAUCUCUAUGUAGGAGCUACAGUAAUAAAGUGGCUAUGCACAACCUCAGAAGUGUCCCAAACAGUAUCUCUGCUGCUGUGAGAUCCCACAAAAGAGGGUCAGAAUAGCACAGGUCACACAGUGCCUCUCUGCUCCACUCGUCCCUUCUCUAUUUCACCCACAGAGGCUCUGCUGAGGAUCCUGAAGCACAGAAGUGCUGCAGGCUUUAAUCUCAAACAUCCUUUGAGAGAGAAAGCUUUAGUGGAUUAGAAUGGACCGCAUAGGCAAUCAAGGCCAGGACAAAGAUGGUCCUCUCCUAAGGAACUAAUUUGGAGAUCUCCACCUAAGAGCACACAUCUUAAUACUUGCCGUCAGCUUGCCAUACUGUGUUUUACAAAUAUUCAGACUUCUGCUGCAAUGGUAUUUAAAAAAGCAGUUUAUAUGGUAUCAAGAGAAAAAGGGUGAUGUCCUUAACAGGAUUAUCCAUGUCACCAGACAAACACAGAUGCCAGAAUUUAGGUAUAUACUUUAGGCAAAGACUUGCGGUACCAUGUACCCAAUCACAUUGCAAAUAGCCUUGUUUGAAUUUAAAUCUAGUUAAUCAUAACAGAAGAAAAACUUCAGAUAUCUUAAAAAAUUAAAGUAGAUGCACUGCCUUUCAGAAGCUGAAGGAUUUUACUGCAGUAUAUAAACUGUUGCCUAAUUCUGCCCUUGAAGAUAUUAAACACAUGCUUGUACUGCUCUUGCCUUGCUUAUCUAAAUGCACUUUUCACUUCCCAGCAGAGACUGAUUUUCUUCCUCUUCGCAGACAUGAGCACUAUAUUCUUUUAUUACACAAAUAUCCAUGUUUUUUCAAACUUCACCCCAGUGUUGGGCUGAUGCCCCUUGUUUGAAUGAAAAGAUAAUGUCUCUCUGCUGGGAACAGCAGCAAGCAAACCGGGUGGGGGUGUCCUUCUUCAGCAAGGGGGACAGCCUGGCCGGAGAGAGAGCCCUGCAACCACAGGCACUUACAGGGGUGGAAACACGGAAUCCCUCUGGGAGGCAAUGGAAAAAAUCAGGACUUCUACAAACAUUACAAAGAAAUAUGCAGUUUCUUUGUUUAUGUUUAUAACCACCAAAGUAAAAGCGAGUGAGUAAGGAAAGAAUGAAAUCUCAAAGCUGACAUAAUGGACUGAAAAAUGAAUAAUGAAUGUUCUGCCCAAGAGGCAAAGUUAAAAAUGUAGAGGAUAAAACAAAAAGUAACUUUGGUCACAAUUAAAACAAGAAAGGCAAAUACAGUUUGGAUGCUGCACCCACAGCCCAGUUCUUGGUCAUGAACUCAGUACUACAGACUGCCACCUUCAUUAAGUUUCUAGCCCAUGAAUGAGCAAAAACCUGACACUGGAUACAUCAAGCUGUUUGCUUCACAAGACCACCUCCAAAGGAAGAAAGGAGAAAUAGCAGGUGCAACAUCUAAAACUGUCUCUGAAUAUCAUAAAUGUAUGAUGAUUCAUACAUUGUGCAUGAUCUUUUUGGAGUAUCUGAAGAUUAAGACACAAUUAUUCACAUCACACAGUAGCGUUAUAACCAUAAAAGUGAUGUGACCCACUGCAUUACACAUAGUUAAGUGGGUCAUUAAAGGAGGAUUAAUGAGAGACAUAACUACUAGAAACAUUAAAUUCUCUUCAAUGUUAUAAAGAAAUACAUCCGUAGAAGAUGGUGAUGUAUUCUCUAGAAAUUCCUGGGAAGCUUGCACCAAACUGUUUUCCUCUUCUGUAAAAAUGUUGAUGCAAAAAAUGGGCUUUGACUGAUGAACUCAAAGUAAUGACCCCAUUAAUUAUCCAAACCAGAGUUAAAAUCCUGUGCAAACAUGAAGCUAUUGUACAAGUUAGUAAAUAGAUUAGAUCUCCCUGUCCUGAGGAUCAGUGCAAGAAUUGUUAUUUUGGCAGAAAUUGGGCAAUCCUCAUAGGAACAUCCCUACAGUUCUUGUAGUUUGACAAAACCACAAAUUAUCAGCUAAACAGAUGCAUAGUGAGAUUGAUCUGGCAGAAAACAAGAGGCAAGUCCAACAGUGCUUGUCUGAGAAUGCAGAAAUGGAGUGUUGCACUGAGAACGUGAAAUGAAAAGGGAAGAAAGGGUGCAUUUAGAAGGAUUUGUAGGUCAGCAAAGGUGAAUUCAAGGUCUGAGUUAGGGAGAAUUUGUACAAGAGGAGAAAAUGAGAGGAUGUAAAUUCAUCAGUAGUCAGAUAUGUUAGAGGCAUAGCACAGUUAUUUGGAGGACAUAGAAACAUGCAAGGAGCAGUUGUAGGCUAUAGGAGGCUGAAGAAAAGUGUCUUUUUGGAUCGAGAGCAUCUAUCAUACGGGGGAAGGCAAAGAAGUAAGAAUAUAAGUGCUUGAAGGAGGAAGGGAAGCACAGGAUGAUAAAAAUAAUUUUACUGACAAGUUGGGAGUAUUAGAGUGGUUUGUUUUGCAGGAGUAAGCAGCACAGAAGUGGGCAGUUCUGGGUGCUUAAGGAGAAGAAUGAGAAUCAGAAAAAGGAAGAUUUACACCAUUGGGAGAUUUCAGAGGAAGAAGUAUUUAGGAGCUUAAAAACAAUAGCAAAGGAUUUGUGGAAUUGUGUGGUACUGCUGGAACACAAGGGAAGAGAAGUGAGCUCUUCUGGGACAUGGAACAACCCAAAAAGACAUAGUAUAAAGGGCCCCAGCAUCUGUGGGACCAUAGCUGUGGCAGGCAUUUGUAAGCUGAUUGAGGGUUAAGAGGUCAUUGGAGGUCUUGCUAGCCAGGAAAAGGGACAGUCUGGGAAAUGUAUGGACAUGGAAGUUUGAGGGCUCCAACUGUAACAUCAGAAUAAUUUGGAGGGUCUGAGAACCCCUGAGAAAGAUUAGAAUGUAGCGGGACUGGGGAAAUGGAAAAAAAGUACUGGAAGAAAUAGAGGGAUGGGCCAACCCCCCUACCGGGAGAAGGAAAGCCAGGCACAUGUUGAGAAAGCAGGGAGCACAGGGACACAGAGGCAGGCAUACCCUGUGAUGAGAUGAAAACUUGCCUUAAGAGUGUGACAGUCACAAUUUGACUAGAUACCAGAAUUGUAUUUUUAUAUUAAGGUAAUCAAGGAAAUGCAUGCAAGUACAACUUGUGAGUGUCUAGAGAAGCUAGUAAAUGGGAAAAACACCGCUUCAGAAAGUAAGGAAAGCAAUACAUUUAGAAGAACUAAACUCUAGAAAGCAAGCGGCUAAGUGCUUAGAGAAGCUGGCCAGAUAAGUCACAAGGCUUGUUUGCACAGACCAAGGUCAAACAAAAAAGAUAUUUGAGGAAAGGGUUACCAGGCUCUUGCUACAAGUUUAAAAUCUAAAAAAAAACCUCUACAUACUUACAUCAAGAAAUGAAAAGGCCAGCAGUGCUGUUGAUGAUAGGACAGAGGGAACCACAGAGACCAGGAACACACCAGAGGGAUGGCCAUGUUGCCUUACAGUUCUUUAUGCUUACCAAUGUGCAAUAUUUAAAGGUGUCUUGUGGGCACAAGAGAGAAGAGGGCCUUCAGCUUCUAAGUACACACUUAAAGGCUAUGAACUAAAAAAAACUUAGUAUCUGGAGAUUAUGGCAAACAUAUAAGAGAAUGGAACAAGAGUUUUUAGACAAACAGCAUCACAAGAGAGAACAUGAAAAGGAAGUCAUUUUGGCCUCUGCAAGAAUCAGUGCAUUUAUGCAUUCAAAGAUGUUAUGGGUUUGCUUUACAUUGGAAACCCAGGGAGCAAAUAAGGGUGUUCUGAAUAACUCUUUCAGAGAAAAGAUAGGUCAAAGAUUAUCAGAAGCAUGGAGGCUGAAGUGCAACUUUACUUUGGCCUGCAAACAGGAAGUUUUAUGAAGGGAUCCAGUUACUUGGCUUCCAAGAGGAACCACUGGAAGGCAGGAAACCAGGAAGAAACACUGGGCUGAAUUCAAAUAUCUGACACAUCCAAGUUGCCUACUUUGUAAAACCUAUAUCCCAAUCUGCUAUAUCUCUUGGAAAGUAAUUAUUUACUUAGAGGUCAGAACAAAGAUAAAACCUCUGUACUUCCCCCACUAUUGCCUCUACAUCAAGUUAAGGUUUCCAACCUUAACUGAGGAUACAUCACAGCAGGGACCUCUGUCUUCACAGAGGAAAGCUAGAUCCAGUAAACAAGUGCUGAUGCUGCAUUCCUAGUCCAGAGAAAAAUCUUUUGUCUUCCUUACCAUUUGGUUACUGUCCAGCUGAGACAAAAAAGCAAACCACUCCCCAAAUGAUGAGACCACAGCCCAAUUCCAUCAGUGCACAGAAGCAUCAGGAAAGGCCAGAGCAAGGCCCAGAGCAUCUUGAAACAUGAAGGUUUAAGACAUGCACAUUUAAGAGGAACAUAGUCAAGGCUUUCCCACCACCAAACGUGAAGGUGUCAGGAUGAAGCAGCUGAUAUGGGUACUGCAUGUUUAAAGGCAGAGCUUGAGUUUCCAAGUAGACUCAUGAAGAGCUACACUGCCAAAGACUUGGCCUUGCUUUUAGUACACAUUUAAAAAAUGUGUUUUGUCCAGGGCAACAGACUCUGCAGGAGCCGCAGAGAUGCAGAUGCUGUAAAUGAUGGCACCUCAGAAAGUGAGUUCCCCGCACAACCUGGUACUUUGAACACUUACAGCAGGAUUAUGCUUAGACAUCCAACUCUUUAUCUGAACUUGCACAACAUGACUCACAAGUUGGGCACAAGGCUGUGCUCCAGAGCAGCUGGCCAGCUUUGGAAAAUAAGCACAGAAGCCUCUAGGUUUGGCUGAGGACUUGAAGACCAUGUAAUCGAUGGUCUGGAAACACAUACAUUUUAAGAAAAAAUGUUUUGUACCCCCUCCUUCCAUGAACAAGGGUGAACAGUAGCAAAGGCAACAUACAGCUUAGCAGGAACUGUAGCAUGUCUAACUCAUUCAGAUUGUGCAGGUCUGAACUGUGCUGAAGUUUAGACUGUAUGCACUGCUUUAGUCCACCAGCCAGUGCAGACACCCUCCUUUGUCAGGAAGGCUUUCAACUUUGAAAGAAUUAGCAGAGCUGUACUGCUCCAAGUUCACCGUUGACCAUACAUUGUUGGGUAUGAUUUUGGUGAUAUUUAAGACUGGAAAAAGAUUGAUAAGGGAACUACAAACCACAGGUUGCUUUACAGCCUAAAUUUUGUAACAGCUGGUGGGGUAAGGGCACAAGUAUCUCAUUUUAAAAUAAGUCUGCACUGGACAAAGCUCUGUCAUUUCUUUUUGAUGAGUUUCAAGCACACAGUGAAACAAAACAAGGGGUCACUUACCUUAUUCCAGCCAUGCUCCAAGAUAUGCUGGGAACAGCACUGUACUCUUGGACCUCUCCAUUUGGAUCAUGAACACAUGUCCCAACACCACCCCAAAGGAAAUUCAUUUUCUGGGCUUAUGGGCCUGAUAAUAGGUUACUAAAACCUUCAGGCAGCACAGCCCCAGAACCAGAGCAACACCCUCCAUUCAGGGGACCACAACCCCACACAGUGGCUGGACAUUUGGCAGCUGGAAAUAGAGUUGGCUUGGGCAGCCUCUUCCUCAAGAGCUGCUGGUUCAUACAUCUUGUUACAGAUUACCAAUAGUCAGACCAGCACCCGGUUCCAGUACAACUGGAACUACCACCAUCGCAACAGAAGAACACCCGCUGCUUUGAGGGCCAGAACUUCAGGUGUGUGUAUAGCAUGGAAGUGACAAAAAAAAUUAGGUUCCAAAACCAGUUUGGUAUCCCAACCCCUUCCCAUCGGCUGACAGACCAGACAGACUCAGUAAGGUGGUGAAUUGUGUUUCUUAAAGACCGCUUAAAGUACAUGAGCUGAUUACUAUAACAUGCCAGAGAUUACAGUUGUGUUUACAGAGGAAGGAAAUAAACUGCACGUGCAUGAGUGGCUGUAAUGCUGUGGACAGCAGAGUCCCUUACUUUUACUCAGAGGGCCUUGGUGAUUUUUUUUUUUUUUGCCCAUGCAUAGAGACACAAAGGAGGGGAAAGGGAGCAGAAGAGGCAACAUACAACAUCUAAGAGAAAGAAAUGAAAGACAGCCUAGGGGGACCUCAGCCCCUAGAGGAACAGGAAGAUUGGGGCACCAAAGGCUUCUUUAGAAGAGUUCAAGAGAAUUGCUGGUCUGGGGGCCUCAAGCUUGUAUGCCCAUCCCCUAAAAUCAUAGCAGUAAGUAGUACAAGCACGCCCUGGCUCCUCUUCAGUAGAUGCACAUCUGACCGUCCAUCACAUCUCAGUUCCACAGGGAAUUAGGGAAGUGCUCAGGGGACGAGGGCUGCUUCACUCCAGAUCUUCAUCUCUACCCUCACCCAAGGUGGAGAUGGAUGGAAUUGCGGGGAGAUGAACUCAGCGCAAAUGAAAUGCUGGGGCAUGGAAGUGAGCAUGCAAAACCUAGUCCCUUCCCAGAUGCCCUGUGAGGGGGAAAGGUGCUUCCCCAGCACACCAAAUGAAAGAAAAAAGCAUCUGCUCCUCCCACCUUUUGUACUUCACUCCCAUCUGGGAACUCUAGUGACAUUCUCCCCUGCCUCCUGGCAUCUUAAGCCUAGGCAGAUCCCAGGGUGUUCUAGAACUGAGGUAAAGCUUCCUAAAUUAAAGGAGUAUGCUCUUUCCAGUCUACAUUAUAGGCUACAGCUCAUCUUGUAAAUAAAAAAAAAAAAAACAAAAAAA